AUGUCUCAACAAAUGCAAUACUACGCUCCUCAGCAACAACCACAGCAAGCAGCAGCGGCGCAGAUGAACCCGGAACCCGAUGUGCUGCGCAACCUCAUGGUGAACUACAUUCCCACGACGGUGGACGAGGUGCAGCUGCGUCAGCUGUUUGAACGCUACGGCCCCAUUGAGUCGGUCAAGAUUGUCUGUGAUCGUGAGACACGCCAGAGUCGUGGCUAUGGAUUUGUGAAGUUUCAGAGUGCUUCAAGUGCCCAACAGGCCAUCGCUGCAUUGAACGGCUUCAGCAUUCUCAAUAAGAGGUUGAAGGUAGCUUUGGCGGCGAGUGGCCAUCAACGGAACCGUAACGGUGCCAGCGCUGGGUUUGGAGCCUAUGGUGGGUAUGGCACAUAUGGCGGCUACGGCGCCUACCCUUCCGCUACGAACCCCUACGCGCAGCAGCAGAUGAUGGCAAUGCAAAACCCGUAUAUGAUUACACAGUCUGUGCCGUCUAUGUCCCGUUCUUAG